CCCUCGUCCCAACUGUAAACAAAAACAAAAAUAAAAAUAACCAGAAGCAAGACGUUCUGAACCAACCCAUUGACUACGAGGGCUUCCAGCUCUUCAUGGCCACCUACCUGGAAAAUGACAUCCCAGAGGAGCUGUGUCAGCACCUCUUCACCUCCUUCAAGAGCAAGACCGGAGGAGGCUCCCCCGAUCCGUCUCGCGCCGGAGCGAGCUUACUGGAGGCCCGUUCCAUUGACGCAGGCAUCUCGAUUCAGACCGAAGUGGCCUGUGCCCCCAUCACAGGUAUGAACGGGAAGAGCAUCCUGUCUGCGAUGGGGCGGCACACACCGGAGCCGCCCGGCUCGGGGGCCGCCGCCGCCGCCGCCUCCCCUUGCUCGUCCCGCUCCUCCUCGCAGCGUUCCGGGACGGGGCCCCACACACCCGGGGGGCCCCACCGAUCACCCUGCACGCAGGUCAAAACCUCCGAGGGCAGCGGCAACGCCCUGACCCCCAACGCUCGUCCCGCCAGGUCGCCGGCGUCCCCCAAACUUUCCCCAGAGAGGAGCCACUCGGAGAAGCAUCUGUCGCUGAGGAGGAGCCCGUCGCCACAGAAGGGCCCCCCCUCGCCGUCCCCCCAGGUGGUCUUUCUAAAGGACAUCGUCUGCUACCUCUCUCUGCUGGAGAGGGGGACGCCGGAGGACAAGCUGGAGUUCAUGUUCCGGCUGUACGACACAGACGGCAACGGGGUCCUGGACAGCUCGGAGCUGGAUCGCAUCAUCAAUCAGAUGGUGCAUGUGGCAGAGUAUCUGGAGUGGGACUCGACGGAGCUGCGACCGAUACUGAAGGAGAUGAUGGAAGAGAUCGACUACGACGGAGACGGGACGGUCACGCUGGAGGAGUGGAUCCGAGGAGGCCUCACCACCAUCCCUCUGCUGGUCCUGCUGGGCAUGGAAACGAACGUCCAGGAGGACGGGCAGCACGUGUGGCGCCUGAAGCACUUCAACAAACCCGCCUACUGCAACUACUGCCACACCAUGCUGCUGGGGGUCCGCAAGCAGGGCCUGUGCUGCUCCCUAUGCAAGUACACGGUGCACGAACGCUGUGUGUCCAAAGACAUCGCCGCCUGCAUCAGCACCUACGCCAAGUCUCGAAGACACACCAACGCUAUGCAGCACGUUUGGAUGGAGGGGAACUCGCCCACAAAGUGCGACCGCUGUCACAGGAGCAUCAAGUGCUACCAGGGCCUGACGGGCCUCCACUGCGUCUGGUGCCAGAUCUCUCUCCACAAUAAGUGUGCAUCCAACGUGAAGCAGGAGUGUGAUGGAGGAGCCUUGAGGGACCACACUCUGUUGCCCUCGUACAUCUGCCCCGUCGUCUUGGACCGUCAUUCUGUGGUGAAGCGCGGCGAGGGGGAGUCGCCCCCCAGCACCAGCCCCGACGACAUCACCCAGACGUUCAAGUUCUCCCCUGGAGACGGACAGGCUCUGCAGAUCAGCCCCCUGCCGGGGACGCACCCGCUCCUGGUGCUGGUCAAUCCCAAGAGUGGAGGGAGACAGGGGGAGCGGGUGCUGAGGAAGUUCAGGUACCUUCUAAACCCCAGGCAGGUGUACAGUCUGGAGCAAGGGGGACCAAUGGUAGGGCUCAACUUCUUCCACGACGUCCCCGAUUUCCGGGUGCUGGCCUGCGGGGGCGACGGCACUGUGGGCUGGAUCCUCGACUGUAUAGAUAAAGCCAACUUCGCCAGGCAUCCUCCGGUGGCCAUCCUCCCUCUGGGAACAGGGAACGACCUGGCGCGCUGCUUACGCUGGGGAGGAGGUUACGAGGGCGGCAGCCUGCCGAAGUUCCUCCGGGACAUCGAGCACAGCAACGAGGUGGUGCUGGACCGCUGGAACAUCGACAUCGUCCCCGACGACAAGGAGGAGAAGGGAGACCCCGUCCCCUACAGCAUCGUCAACAACUACUUCUCCAUCGGAGUGGAUGCCUCCAUCGCACGUCGCUUCCACCUGAUGCGUGAAAAGCACCCGGAGAAGUUCAACAGCAGAAUGAAGAACAAGCUGUGGUACUUUGAGUUUGGCACCACCGAGACCAUAUCGGCCACCUGCAAGAAGCUCAACGAGUGCAUAGAAGUGGAGUGUGACGGGAUCAUCGUGGACCUCAGCAACACCUCCUUGGAGGGCAUCGCCGUGCUCAACAUUCCCAGCAUGCACGGCGGCUCUCACCUGUGGGGCGAGUCGAAAAAGAGGAGGAACUACAACCGCAUGAGCAAGAAGGCCCCGGAGAGGGCGCCGGCCGGCACCGUCACGGACGCCAAAGAGCUCAAGUUCUGCGUGCAAGACUUCAGUGACCAGCUGGUGGAGGUGGUUGGCCUUGAAGGGGCGAUAGAGAUGGGGCAGAUCUACACUGGGCUGAAGAGCGCCGGACGCAGGCUGGCUCAGUGCGCCAACGUCACCAUCAGGACGUCCCGGCGGCUGCCGAUGCAGAUCGAUGGGGAGCCCUGGAUGCAGCCCCCCUGCACGAUCCGGAUCACACACAUGAACCAGGUCCCCAUUCUGCUGGGUCCGCCUCAGAAGACACCCUUCUUUUUCUUCAAGAAGCGCAACCGCAGCCGCGACUAGGACACGCGCUCGCACAUAAGAAACACACACAUACACAGUACACACACACACAUGCCCCCACACACCACCCCCCCCCGCCCAGAAGACUGGUACGCUGUUGGAAGGCACCUGGAAUAGAAAGAAAGACUCUCCGUAUACAGGACAGACCUAUUUCUGUGUGACCAUUGUCCUCUAGUCUCGUCCCCAAAACCUCUGUGUCAGCCAGGGAUUUGGUUUGAAUAUCCAAGUCUCUCAGCCCAAUCUGCCCCCCCCUCCCCCUCCCCCCCCCCCCCCAGCAGUAGAGAAAGCAAGGAAUAAGAGAAGGAGCUUCCAACACACUACAGUAAAAGGAAAAGGAGGUCAAACAAGUGAGAGCUGUGGCAGUAAACGUGGUUGUUUACAGGGCCGGUGGGUAAUUAUGGCGUAAGAUCCGCCUCUCCGUUAAAACACCUGUUGAAUAAUGAAACAGCGGUUUGCUUGUAGGAGCAUGAACUCCGGGCCCCCCCCCCCCCCUCCCCACAGACUGUCUCAUCAUUAUUGACUCAUUGUGUUUGUGGGUUGGCGGCUGUGGGGCGAAGCGGUUGAAACAUGCAGGUAUUUCCUUUGCCUCUCAGCAUCACUGGCCUACAAAAAGAGAUCCUUUAAACCCAUAUUUACUCACCGCGUGGACUUCAAGGCAGAGGAGGUUCCAGCCGAAAUGUGCACGGUUACGACUGUAUGAAUUCAUGCCAGACAUUGAAGUUACUACAUGGGACUUUUAACCUGGUGGUGAAACGGACCCGUCUGACCCUCACGAGCGAACGAGACCCUCGGCCAGAGGGCGGGCUUCUUCUACAGCUUUACUCCUACUUCCUUGCUGCCGGAGGCCUUACUGAGGCGUCCGCACCUGUCCCCCCCCCCCCCCCCCCCCCGUAGGAGUCCAAUCGGCAGCAUAGCCGAGGAUCGACACCACCGCGCAGCGGCUUCCAGUGACCCAAGGAUGGAAAUAAAGUCACACUCAAGGGUACAACAGCAGGGCCACCGAGGGGGGGGGGG